GUAAUGGUACAAUCUUAAGCAUUUCCGGUAAAGAAAGCCAAAAUGGCGGGGACACCUAUGGAUUUAGAUUUUUCGUCAGACUACAGUUUUGCGGGGCCUUCCACCUCAUCUGCCGCGGUACCCUCCACGAGCGGAGCGAGUACGGGCCAGCGGCAGUUCAGCUACAACCCCACGGGCCAGAUGGCAGGGACGGGGACCUACACGGACUUCAGUAGCAGCGCGGCGGCGGCGUCCAAACCACAGAGCAUCACACAGCUGGCGAGCGCGGCUUACUGUGAAUCCUGCGACCAAAACUUUAGAUCUGAGGACUCGUACCGUGUCCACUUGAAGAGCAUUGGCCACUUGAUGAAGUCCAGCGGGACUGACCUGGGUCUGGACGCGGCCAAAGGCUACGUCCCUCCGAUCGUGAAGCCCCCACCAGUGGAAGAGAAGAAGGAAAAGCCUGCUGAAGAGACGGUUCACAGGAAGCAGUUUCCUGAUGAGUACUUCUGUCAUAUUUGCCAGGCCAAGUGCACCAGUGAGAGCCAGUUUGAAAGCCACAAUAAUGGUGCUCGUCACAAAAAGAACUUGGUCGCUGUGGAGAAAGGCAUCAAAAAAGCGCCAGUUGCCAGGCCUAAGUCUGCAGGAGAUGGUAGUAAACCCAACGUCGUGGACACCCUGCAGCCGUCACGGUGUAUGGAUAAACUAGAGCUGAUGGAAGAACCUCUCGUUGGUCUGGACUACAUCACAGAGUUCCAGAAUGAGGACCCUGACAUAGAGGAACACUACAUGUGCAGCCUGUGUGACUCCAAGUGUGACCCUCGCACGCUGAACACUCAUGUUAUAGGGGCCAGGCACAGGCUGGCUUACUUGAAAGAGCACCAUCCUGACAUGGCAGCCAUGACCCUGCAGAAUAAGAAACGCUCAGAACAGUCCGUCGCCCUGGCAGAGUUUGUCAAACAGGCAGUGAAGCAGGAUGGACAGAAGGAAGUGAAAGUGAAGCUGGAGCUGAACCCGUUCUACAACCCAGAGCAGCGGGAGAAGGAGAAACGAAAGCGACAGGAGCAGCAUCGCAGACAUGCAGAGGCCACCGCUGCUAAGCGUCGCAGGCUAGGUCUGACGGAAGAUGAUGACUGGGGUGGUGCCUAUGGGUCUGGCCCUGGACGCAGGGGUCGCAAUGGGCCACCCAAGGGGCGUGGCAGACGAAGAUACCCUGAAGACGAAGACGACUACUACUACCCAGGUGGGUAUGCAGACUAUGGCUAUCCUGAUGAGCCGUAUCGUGAAGGAGUGUCGCGUGGACGCGGGCGCGGCCGCAUGCUGCCGCCCGCUGCCCUCCGUCCCAGGUCUCCCAGAAGUAGGGAGGCCUACUAUGAGGGAGGGUACCCGGAGGCACCAUAUGAAGAUGAUCCACACUACGGCCGCGAUCCUUACUACCAUGCAGAAAGACGUCGGGAAGCUUACUAUCGACGUGAAGUUGAAGGGUACGAGGCUGACCCGUACGGUGGUGGGCGUCCCCUCCCACCAGACUUCCGUGGUCCAGGCGGUCGUGGUCGUGGUUUCGAUGACUUUGGUCGACAUGAGCAAGGACCUAGCCAUGGGCCCCCAGCAGACAGAAGUCAGCUGGCAGACCUCAUUGGCAGGGCUAAAGACCUGGUCAGUAGUGAGGAUGAUGCUGCUAUGGCCCUUCAGCUGUCCAAUGCCCUGACCAAGGCCCUCCUCUCCUACAGGCUGAAGAACGUUCCACCUGAGUUGCUGAAACAUGCCAUGGGUGAACUGGGACCAAACUUCUAGAGAAGAAAGCAGUGACCACAUCUGCUGUCAGAAGCUACUUCAAUUACAUAGUUACUGUUUCUCUUUUACUUUCACUUCUAGUUCACUUUGUAAUGGGUUAUCAGAAAUACAGUCAAGUAUACAAGCAUAAACACUCCUUGCUGUUAUUUGCCAAAAUAUGUGGCAGUGUACCAGGAUAUAGGUAAAAUGGGAAAAUAUGUUUAAAUGUUGAGGUUUUCUGUCCGUUUGUUGAUACAGUUGUUUUGCUUGAUGUUACCAUGGCCAAAAUUGAUUCUGAAGAAGGAUUAUUACCAGCAUAAUGGGAUAAUGGGACUUGCUAAAAUUUUUGACUUAACAGCGCCAGUCUUUGUUAAGGAAUGAGCCGUCCGUGGCUUCUGUGAUGUCCUUGCCAAAGACUGGUAGUGUACAGUCAAAAAUUUGGAAUUGCAUUUUGCAAGUCCGAUUUUCUCAUUGUGUUGGAAAUUAUAGUCCUUCAGAAUGAAUUCUACCAACACGUGAAUUUUCAACCUAUGACCGGCUCACACGUUUGGUGGAUAAUUAUCACAGGUAUCAAUCCAGGUGACAAUGGUAAGAUAUGCAUAUGACCUGGAGAGCUAAGAACAUAAAGUGGAUGUUGCAACAGGGAAUCUUAAUUUAGUUUAUUCCUGUGGCGAGACUAGUUAGAGGUGUUUGGCUGCAAGUUUACAGAGAGGGGGGAACCAGAUGGAUGCUUCAUAGACAAGACCAUAUGGGAUUGAUGUAUAAUGUGAUAUGUGUCCAGGAAAACCAAAUAUUGCAUACAAAUAGUAUUCACACCAGAAGAUUAUCACAACAACUCAGUGCACAAUAACUUUCAUUAUAUUUUACAAUAUAUUGAAAAUUGAUAACCAAUGGCCAUAAGAUAUACUGCAGUUAAAGUCAACCAAAUAAAUUUAUCUGUAAAAACAAA